GGACCCCCUCGCUCCCAUCCUCGAGUGGAUCCUCGGGUACCCCAAAACAUAGCCGCUCUUUCAAUAGUAUUUAUCUCUCUCUUGUCCUGGUGCGAGUGAGAUAUUCCCCCAGACCCGUACCUGGGUGUCCUCUCCGUAUCUUCAUCUCCCCUUGUCGUCCUUGACGCCGUCGAACAGCUCCACUUCGCCGACCCUUUCACUAGCGCCACUCUGACCGCCACGAUGUUCGCCACACCUCAUCACUCUCACACGAUCCCGCCCACUUCGGGUCCUCUUCUGACUUAUUCCAAGGAGAUGAAGGCAUAUACUUUGAGGUUGUGGACAGAGUCGCUACGGGUUUCGAGGGAUAAAAGGGCAAGCAGCAAGGCUGCGGCGAAGGGGCAAACUUGUGUCCAGGCGAAGAGCCAUUGAGCAGGCAGUCACAUCGCCUCACAGCUUCAUCACCCGCAUCACUCCAUCCAAUUCACCUUUCAGGUCCUGCCUGCUUCACGACGUUCAACAUCGCAACACCAAUCUAAUUCGCCUCCCCGCGGUCUCAUCCAUCAUCAUCAUCACUUCGUCUUUGCCAUCGUCUACCUUCCUCCCUUCUUUCUCGACCAUACCUCGUCUGCUCAACGUUCUCUCGCCGAUUCAUGAUGUUUGUAUAGUAUGUAUUACAAGACUCGUCUCCGACUUCAUCACGCUCUCGUACCUCAGCAUCUGUUAUCAGUCCAAGCCCCUAUUCUUGCACUCUGACAUCAUCAAUUGCAUCUAACUUCGUUCGCUUGACCUCUGAGUCUGUACUUAUGUAGAUCUUACUUUUUUUCAGGUUCUACUCUACACAUUACACUUCUUGUACUCUACUCUCUACGCUUACACUAC